CAGAGUAAGAAACUGAUGGCUGAUCACGGGGUCACAGUCCAGAAAUUCUUUGUGGCUGACACUGCAAAUAAUGCUCUUGAGGCUGCUAAGAGACUAAAGACUACAGAAACCACGCUGAAGGCUCAAAUCUUGGCUGGAAGAAGAGGAAAAUAUGUUUCCAGCAGUGGACUGAAAGGAGGUGUGCAUCUAACCAGGGACCCUAAAGUGGUAGGGCAGUUUGCUGAACAGAUGAUUGGAUACAACCUCACAACUAAGCAAACAACGAAGGGUGGUGUUAAAGUAAAAAAGGUUAUGGUGACAGAAGCAGUAAACAUUUCAAGAGAAACUUGUUUUGCAAUAUUAAUGGAUCGAGCUUGCAAUGGGCCUGUUCUGGUUGGAAGCCGAGAAGGUGGAGUUGAUAUAGGAGUGACAGAUAAAAGCCUGGAGCUCAUCUUUAAGGAGGAAAUCAAUACUUUUGAAGGGGUAAAGGAUACUCAAGCACUACAGUUGGCAGAAAAUUUAGGAUUCAAGAAGCCUCUGCAACAGCAGGCUGCAGAUCAAAUUAAGAAGCUGUCAAUUUUCCUGAAAAUUGAUGCCACUCAAGUUAAAGUGAAUCCCUUUGGCGAAACUCCAGAUGGACAAGUUGUGUGCUUUGAUGCCAAGAUAAACUUUGAUGACAAUGCUGAGUUCAGGCAAAAAGACGUAUUUGCCCUGGAUGACAAAUCUGAGAAUGAGCCUAUAGAAAAUGAAGCUGCUAACUAUGACUUAAAGUACAUAGGCCUAGAUGGAAACACUGCCUGUUUUGUCAAUGGUGCUGGGCUUGCUAUGGCAGCCUGUGAUAUAAUUUCCCUUAAUGGUGGAAAGCUUGCCAAUUUUCUGGAUCUUGGUGGAGGUGUGAAAGAAGCACAAGUGUAUCAAGCAUUCAAGUUGCUCACUGCUGAUCCUAAGGUCCCCCAUAUCCAUCAUCUGAAGGUCUCCUACUCCCUCAAAGGACCCUGCCAUUGCUACGCCAUAUGCUUGGAGCUGCCUCCCAGUAGACCCACAUGA